AUGCACCCCGACUUGCUUCAGGGAGGAGAGGCAGACCAUGAAGAGCUUGCGCAUAUACUUAGACGGGCAGCCCGGCGACGCGUGGAUGAUGACACGGAUGAGUGUAUCGGGGUCAUCCAGGCUUUUCAGCGGCGGGUUUUCGCGACAGGAGUAAGUGAGCAACACAGCUGCGUACCGUACUUUGCUUUGGAAGUAGGGGGGGCUGUUGAUGAUGGCGUCAUAGUUGUCCACGACGCUCUUCGUCAGCUCUUUGGCGGCCACCGCGAGGAUGCCAUCGCAGGCCCGGUUGUUGAUCGACACUUCGAAGACGUCCGCCAACAGGCGCUCAGCAUGAUGCCCGUCAUCCCCAGAGAUGGCGCCUUGGCAAAGCGUGUAGAGCUGCAUGGCGCAUUCAAAGGUGAACCCGCUGGGCGCAUACGCGAGCAGGCUUCUCACAGGGCCCCUGAUAACGCUGAUUUCUACCAUAACAGCAGACAUUUCGCCAUCUUCUUCGGCACCCGCUGCAUGGUAUCCGCCUAUGGCCUUCAUGCAGAGCCCCAGUAUUUUCCACAUAUCCGCGAAGCGCGCACCCAUGGCCGCCGCCUUCUCCUCCCCAACGAAGCUCACCACCUUAUGAGUGAUCUUCACCACAUAGCUCAGCAGCAUGGCGAGGUCAUCGAUGUAAUCCAUCAGACUGUCCAAGUCCAGAUGCUCGUAUAA